UCGGGUUGAAGGAACAAACAGGACAUUAUUUACCGUCGCUGAGUUUUGUUGGUGGCAAUUAUGUUGUUGUUGGAUCCAACUGUGCGUCGUGGUGGCGUGGAGUUAGUCCAGGGCUGAACUCAACACUCUAGACUGUUAUCCUUGUAGUGGACACUGUCGCCAUGUAUUCGCCGGAGAAGAUGAUGAACGGGAAGCCGUCGUUACAUCCGCCGAUCAGCGCCCCGAGUUCGUGCUUUCCUGGCCGAUACUCGCCCACAUACCGCUCACCGGAUCCCAUGCGGAGAUGUAUGCCAAACCCUUCGAGUCGAAUUCUCGAGGACGCGACCAUAAUGUGCAACUCCUGGUCUCCACGUCACAAUGGUGACCUGUUCAGUGGGUUGAACGACGGACUGCUAAGCCGUGCUGAGGCCCUAGCAGCAGUCGACAUCGGCAAGCACCAAGCCAGUUCCACGCCGGGUCUUCCCCAACUCAAACACGACAUGAUGUAUCACCACAGCAUGGGGGCACCACACCCCGGAGCACCGAACACCCGGCCACACCAGAUGGCCCAUCAUGGCAUGGACGGUCUGGACAUGUUGGACCCUAUAUCCACGUCCUCCAUGACCACCCUGGCUCCUAUGUCGGACGGUUCAGGAGGUGGCCACGGUGGACAUCACCCCCAGCUCCACGGGCCCUCAGUGUACGGACAGGCAGCCAUGAACAGCAUGAUGUCCAGCCACCACCAUCACCAUCACCACGGGGGACCUCUGUCAGGGCACGGACCCCCGGGGCACCACGGUCCUCACCACCACCCCGCAAACAACAUGAUAGCGCUCAAGCCAAUCCUGCAGGCAUGGCUGGAGGAGGCCGAGGCUCAAGCUAAGAACAAGCGACGAGACCCCGACGCUCCCAGCGUCCUCCCCGCGGGCGAGAAGAAACGGAAACGGACGUCAAUCGCGGCGCCCGAGAAGCGCUCAUUGGAGGCGUACUUCGCCGUCCAGCCUCGGCCAUCGGGAGAGAAGAUUGCCGCCAUCGCCGAGAAGUUGGACUUGAAGAAAAAUGUGGUCCGUGUGUGGUUUUGUAACCAGAGACAGAAACAGAAGAGGAUGAAGUUCGCGGCACAGCACUGACAGGUGUCGGGAGGGGGGUCAUUAGCCCCUCCCUCCACCCCGAUUUCUGCCCACUGUAUAUAACACUAGAUGCGCACACAUCGGGAAUCCUCCUCGACUCGACGACACCGAAUGAGACUUGUGUACAUAAGCAUCAUUCCGAUCUAGUCAAUUAGUUUAGUUGUUCGCACAGACCGUUCCGCCUUGUACAUUCGAACCCAAGCGUGUGGCAUCUCCGGGCCAUGACGCGAACAGUGCAAUAUACAAAUUAGGCUUAUAAGGAGACCUACUUCAAAUAAAUAAUGUAUAUAUAUAAUAAUAAUAAUAAUAAUGAUAAUGAUUUAUAUUUGUGUAUAUAAAAUAUACACAGACAUUGUAAAUCAUAGCUCAACUCCUUGAUUUCACUUGGGGCAGUAAGCAUGGAUUGGAUUCAAUCGGAAGUUUGCCUUGCAAUGCUAACUGCCCAAUAAUUUUCCUGCCAGGCCUUAUUCAAUUGACGCUCAUCCGUGCUAAAUAGAAGACAUUCUACACAUUUCAAUUUUUUUUCCCUCCAUAAUUUAGUCAUACCGCGUGAAAACCAAACUCAAAAUGUGGAUAUUUCUUCAUUUGAGUCCUCGUGAUUCUAUAGAAAAGCCUCGACUAACAAGGAACGUCUAUUUGAGGUACGUGGUAACACGUCUCAAAAUAUUUGUUUCAAAUAUUCGAUCGAAAUUCAUAAAUUUUCUGUACGAUGACUACAGAAUUCCCAGGCAAAGUUAGCUCUUGACUAGUAGCCAUGCACUGUAAGUAAAGGUUUCUGUGUCUUGUAGUUCGUACGAGAUCAGACCUCGAAAACGCUGGGACAAUCACUAGAAGGACAUGGAUGUUGUAGUUUUCAGGACUUCCGGAUCGAAGUUCAUCUUGAUUCACGUGGCGUGGUCACGGUCAACUGGAUAGCAAUUCUGCUUUGUAUUCUGGUGGUCCCCAGUUGUAAUCUUCGACCGAAGGACAUUUUCGUAGUUCUUCAACUACACACGCCACACGUGGGUAGAAACAGCAAAGGAAUAUAAUAAUUACAAUUGUAAGCAAAACGUAAAAAUCUGAUUAGUGUGAAGAAUUGUCAUUGUCCAGGGAGUUCUUUCGCGCUGUCUGAUUGGAUGAUGAAGAUUCCCCACGAGGGGGCGCGACUGACGACUCAUUGCGCGGGGAUCCCCCAUGGUAACAAUAGUAACCACUGUAAACAAGCACGUUGAGAAUCCCUCGGCCACCGAUGUCUGCUAGCAGAAAGUUCGGUCAAGUCUUCACCUAAUCUGCCCGCAACUGCUCUCAGAUUUAAAACUAAAUUCGGAACAGUAGUAAAAUUUAUUAAAACUCGUGUUUCUGUCAGAGUGGAUUAAGUUGAUUUGUUUAAGGUUUGGCAGCAAAGAUCUUUAUUAUAAAUACUUUUCCUGAAUGUAGAACAUUGCUUCUUUGCAAUCCAUUGUCACACAAGUCUGAAGUCAGUUUAACGUUGUCUAUCAACGUGGAAGUGCACUACAGGAAGUGACGAAGAUUACGUACACGCAGAUAAAGGACCUCAUUGUUUGGUGUAAAAAUUUCACAGCUUAUAAAAAUGCCUUUCGCUAAAAAAAAAAUGUUAUACGGAAAAUAACGUAGGGGAUUGUGGUACAUUUUUCAAGCUGCUUGUAACAUCUGUGAACCCGAUACGUCUCAAAUUUAAGUAAACUAUUGAUUAAUUGUACCUCACACGUUAAUUCACAGCUGCAACAUUUUCUCCGCCACAUUCUUCCAUCAUAUUUUGGUUCAGUUAUUAUGGUUCGUAUUAAUCUGAAAUGGUUUUAUUCCUUAAGCUAUCUAUGAAACUAAUUUAAUUUUUUCUAAAUUUCUUACUGAAAAUUUUAAAAAAAAUCACUCUGGUAAUUUAUAUUCUAACCUAUAAGUGUUAUUGUCAAGUAUAAAUAUUAAGAUAAAUCCCAAGUAUUUACACAGCUUCGUACUACAGCAGACAUCAAUUUUAUUGUCAAUUCAUGGACAUUGCCACUUUUAUUCUCCACCCCAUAAAUUUGAUUUCACAUGAGACGUCCCAUUGGGAACAGCAUAUUUAACUCCAGAGCCCAGAUUCCCUACAAACUCGAGAGAAGUAGCACAUAUGUGCCAGAAACUCUUUCUAAGUAUGAUUUGGGGUUUCAACGGUGGCGAAUAUGAAAUCGCUGUCUUCUGGGUUGUAGCGCCGUGUAGUCUGAUAUAA